AUGUUCGGUAAAACAUUACUACGAAGGAUAGCCUGCUCGAAUCUCAAUUUAAAAUCAAGAAAACUGUCCGGAAAGCCACGUUUAGCAAUUGUGGGCUCCGGUCCCGCAGGAAUGUUCGCGUGCAACGGAUUGCUUAGAAAAAGUAAUUUCUCGGUAGAUGUAUUCGAAAAUUCUCCAGUUCCAUUUGGAUUAGUUCGGUAUGGUGUGGCUCCAGAUCAUCAGGAAGUAAAAAACGUGAUAAACACAUUUGAUGCAAUGUUCGAAAAGAAUCGUGAACGGCUGAAACUAUUCUGCAAUGUGAACAUCGGACGAGACAUUACAUUUGAUGAGUUAACACGUGGCUAUGAUGCAGUCCUUCUGGCAUAUGGAUCAUAUAAAACACGAACUUUAGAUAUUCCUGGAAGUGAUGCCUCAAAUGUAAUAUCUGGAUCAGAAUUUGUUGGAUGGUAUAAUGGAGUUCCAAAUGCAUCAACACCAGAUCUUACAACAUCAAAUGUUGUAAUUGUUGGAAAUGGAAAUGUUGCUCUUGAUUGUGCACGUGUACUUUCAACAGCUUCUUCUGGAUUAUUAAGGAUCAGUGAUAUUCCUGGAGAUCGAUUGAAUGUUCUUGAAGGAGCUAAUGUUAAAGAUAUCAAGAUUUUAGGACGAAGGGGACCAGAACAUGUUUCUUUCACAAUCAAGGAGCUCCGCGAGCAAUUCAAAAUUAAAGAUUGGGACAGUAAACUGGAAAUAUCUGAAAUUGACGCUAAAAAUUUAACAGAAAGCUUACCGAAAUUGGAGCGGAAGAAAAAACGAUUGACCGAGGUCCUCGUAAAAAACAUUGGAAUUGCAAAUGGACUUCGACAAUGUCACUUUAUUUUCCAUCGAAUUCCAGAAAAAAUUAUUGCAGAUUCGAAUGGAAAAGUUCAAGAAAUUAUUGUAAAAAAUAAUGAAACUGGACAGGAAGAAACGUAUCCAUGUGGAUUAUUGAUUUAUUCAAUUGGAUAUCAGACACUUGUUUUAGAUGGAGUACCUCAGAAUGAUAAGAAAAUGAUAGACAUGAAAGAUCAUUGCCGUGUAAAUAUGGUUGCUGCGUGUUCAUCACAAGUGUAUGCAACUGGAUGGUGUGCUCAUGGACCACAUGGAAUAAUUGUAGACACUCAACAACAAUCAAUUUUUGUUGCCGAUCAAAUUGCCGCAGACUUUGCACAAUUUAAAGAUAGCACAUCUAAUGGAGUUGAAGAAUUACUUGAAGAUCGAAAAGUUCCAUUUAUAUCAUGGGAUGAAUGGAAACAAAUUGAUAGACAAGAACAAGACACUGGAAAGCUAUCUGGAAAGAUUCGAGAAAAGUUCACAACUUUUGAGAAAUUUCUCACGAAAUUGAAGAAAUGCAAUUAGAAAAUGCCAUAAAUUAUCGAGUUUUCUUUCACCCUUUUUUCCGGGUUUUACUGGAAUUUCAGUACAUUUUCUGUAUUUAACUAGACACUUCUAGAUAGAAUAAAUCUUUUUUUUU